AUGUUGCGCUUCUUGGAGCUGGAAAUUUGUCUAGAUUUAUUUUCUGAGGCUGAAGACGAUGAUUCAAAAAGUUUGACGUGCGCAGAAUGGGAGAUACUGGAAGAAUUGGCAAAUCUCUUGCAGCCAUUUGAAGAGGUCACAAAGUCGUUGAAUUAUAAUGAAUCAUGUAUAUCUGAAGUGAUUCCAACCAUAAAAACGUUACAUUUUUGUUUGUUGAAGCAGAAAGUAAGUUCGCCGUUGGCCUCCUUUAAAGCAGAUUUGGAAUAUAAUUUGAAAAAGCGAUUUGAAGACUUAGAAAGCAACAUCAACUUUACAAUGUCAACAUUCUUGGAUCCACGUUUCAAAACUGUCUUUUUUUCCACGAACUGCUCCGUCAAAAUUAAGGAAUACAUGGAAAUUACUUUAAUAAAAGGUGAUAAUGAAGCAAACGAUAACGUGAAUAUAAUUCCGAUGGAAGAAGAUUCUGGAAACCUGCAGGACGCUUUUAAAGAGAUUAUUGCCAGUUCACAUACAAAAUCCUGCACAAAUCUGAUUUUGGAAGCAGAAAUUGACCUCUAUCUCAAGCAAGUGCUGUUAAACAGAUCAUCACCUCCAUCAAAAUGGUGGGAUAAAAUGAAAGGAAUAUUCCCAAAUUUAGGCAAACUUGUGCACCGUUUCCUCUCCACGCCCUCGAGCAGCAUAUACAGCGAAAGGCUCUUUUCCGAAUCAGGAAACAUCCGGCCAGAAUUCCGCCGGAAUUUGUCGGAUAAAUCCGGCCGGUAG